AUGGCGUGUCCACCCUGGCCCAAAGGAAAGAGACUGGUUCACCUGGAUUUGAAGGGAGCCCCCCCACGGAUGGAAUACCUUCAAAAGCUGAUCCAGGUCUUCUCCAGGCUGGGGGUGGAGGGUCUGCUGGUGGAGUAUGAGGACAUGUUUCCUUAUGGGGGGGCUCUGCAGCUGCUGCAGGCGACUGCGCAGCCGGCGUACAG